AAGUAAUUAAAAAUCACAUUUGUAAAAUCUAAAAUAUGUUUUAAUGUGCUUAUAGUUAUUGCACUGAGCUGUUUAGAUUUAUUAAUAAAAGGAAAAUAAGUUAUUAAACAGUGGAUUUCCUGUAUUUAUUCCUCGUCUUUGCAUAUUUAGCGCUUUCACAGUGGAAGUAGGACAGUGAAGUUCUGCUGCUGCUAAGCAACCAAACAUUACACAAGCAAAGGCACGAGUUUGUGAACGCUUGCGAGGAUGUAACGUUACUCUGAUGUGUGCUUUUACAAAUGAGGGACUUUGAGGCCAGUGUGGAUGGAGCUCAUUGUUUGAGGGUGCUGUGUUCGCACCCCUGCUGCUGGGACACCGAGCGCCGUUGCACCAGAGGAAUCAAACACCACACUCCCGCACGCGUGAGGAAACACUCUCUCAAAAAUGAGGACUUUCCAUCUCUGAGUAUUGUCAAUGUCUCUGAAUGGGCUGGACGGGGGAGACCGGUUAAAGGAAGGCCACUGGACGGUGCAGACACAGACACAGAGGCGUCGUUGAAUGAUGUUUCUCUCAGCAAACAGACACAAGACACUCAGAAGAUUAAGAGGGCAAAUCUUUCCUUCCCAGACAUCAUGUUGCCCAGCGAUAAACCAAACAAUCUGCUCAAGUUAAAUACAGUUGACAUCAGUCCUUUGAUGGGCCGCUCUGAGUUGCCACAGUGUCCUGUGGUUAUGUGGAUUCCCAACCCGCACCAUGAGCCUCAGUGGCUCCGCCAAAACAAGUCUAAAUCUCCAAACAUCACAAUAAAAGAGUUAGUCUGCCUUCCAUCUUGUCAAAUGGCAAAGCCGUCCAUAGCGGUGAGUGACCAGGCCAACCAGAGGAAGAAGUGUAACGGUCAUAAAAGGAGAGGGAAGAGAGGAAUUAACUCUACACAAGAGGGCGCUGGCAGCCCACGGUGGGUGGGCAUUGACUUUAAUCCCAUUCCCAAAACCACCCCACAUCACCUCUGCCACAGCCUAGUAUUCAAAGAUAGUGGGUGGGGAUCAUUGGAUCAAAAACUGCCAAGCCUAACCACACCACACCCAAACCCAAAGAGCAGUAGUGUCAGUCCAGCCUUGAGCCUGAGUUUAGGAUCAAUGCAAUGCUGGAGAGGCCACUGAAACACACCUAAACAGAUCUCACACUUACGCCACAUUAAGAAGACAAAGGGUUUUAAUCGUAAAUGGAAAGUCUGUUCCAUAAGUAGUUAGUCUUGUCCAAUGAUUCAGUGCAUUUUGUCUUGAAAGUCUAUUCCUGUUUUAAACAUAGACAACAAAUAAAUAAAAUGUAGCCUA